AUGCUGACAUUCCGCCGCGCCCUUGUGGCAGCGGCAUUCAUUAUUACGGUGCUCUUCUUCAUAACCCACUCGAGCUCUCCCUCACCUUCGUCAUCGGCCGUCGAGUUCCCAAAAGGACAACAACCAGUCGAUGGACUGAAGCAGCCACAGACCUUAAAAUCCGACAAUAAUGCUGUACACGGUGGCCACAACAACCGACCCUCCGUAUCCGGGCAGAGAGCGUUUCAAGAUAUGUCCCACAUGACGCUCGACGAGAAACUCGCGUACCAAUACCCCUACGAUGUUGAACUCAAGUUUCCGGGAUAUAUUUGGCAGACGUGGAAAUGGACACCGGCACAAGGGGAGUUUACCUUCCGUGAGCAGGAGGCCAGCUGGACGGAGAAGCAUCCCGGCUUUAUCCACGAGGUUAUUACAGACCAAGUCGCUGUGCACCUGAUCCGGCUGCUGUACGCGUCGGUGCCCGAGGUAAUCGAGGCAUACGAGUCACUGCCGCUAGCUGUGCUCAAGGCCGACUUCUUCCGGUACUUGAUCUUGUUUGCGCGAGGCGGGAUCUACACAGACAUCGACACGUCGGCCAUCAGGAGUGCAGCCGACUGGCUGCCGGAGUCGGUGCCGCGUGACCAGAUCGGGUUGGUCAUUGGCAUCGAAGCCGAUCCUGACCGUCCAGACUGGGCGCAAUGGUACAGUCGCCGUAUCCAGUUUUGCCAGUGGACUAUCCAAGCCAAGCCAGGUCAUCCCGUGUUGCGGGAAGUUAUCAAGCGCAUAACCGAUCAAACAUUGGCUCGGAAAAGGUUAGGUACGCUGGACAGAAUCACUGAUCGCGAGGUGAUCGAGUUUUCUGGUCCCGCGCUAUGGACUGAUGUGAUUUUUGACUACUUUAACGAUGAGCGCUAUUUCGAUAUGGCACGGUCCCCUGGGCUCAUUGACUGGCACAAUUUUACGGGCAUGGAGGACCCCAAGAGAGUGGGUGACGUGGUCGUGCUCCCAAUUACGAGCUUCUCUCCCGGGGUGCAGCAAAUGGGCGCCAAGGAUUAUGAUGACCCGAUGGCCUUUGUGAAGCACGACUUCGAGGGAACCUGGAAACCCGAAAGCGAAAGGCAUAUCGGCGAGAACAACAACCAAUGA